ACAGACAUGCGACUCGUUCCUCAGUGAUUCAUGCAGCUCGUCUCUCUUGAUGAACUUGCUGACGGAGUAAUUUAACGUCGUCAAAGACCACACACGCUUUCGGUUUGGAGUUUCGCACGAACGGAACCAAUAAUCCAUAUAUUCAGAUACGCAGUUCAGUCACCAUCUAGCAAAGCAGCGUUAAUUAAAGUGUGUUGUCGAUUUACUUUUACAAUGUGUUUGUGGAGGCGCGCGGUGUGAAGAGGAGGACAGACAGAAGAGCGCGAGAAUAACUGAAACUUUAUCAAGUCUGAAACUGAGUCUUCAAGUUCUACAAGCCGUGGCUAUGGUGAACAGCCAGGUUACAGGUGGAGCAUGUGUGACCAGAUCAUGCGCGGGCUGUGGGGGUCGCAUCGCAGACCGCUUCCUGCUCUUCUCCAUGGAGCGCUACUGGCACACGCGCUGCCUUAAGUGCUCGUGCUGUCAAGCUCAGCUGGGAGAGAUCGGAACCACAUGCUACAGCAAAGGAGGCAUGAUCCUCUGCAGAACAGACUACAUCAGGUUGUUUGGACACACAGGGGCUUGCAGUGCAUGUGGUCAGUCCAUUCCUGCCAGUGAAAUGGUCAUGCGAGCACAGGGCAAUGUUUACCACCUCAAGUGCUUCUCCUGUGCAACGUGCAGAAACCAGUUGGUCCCCGGGGACCGAUUCCACUAUGUAAACGGCACCAUAUUUUGUGAACACGAUCAACCAGGAGCUGCACUCCUUAAUACACACCUGCAGAUUAACCCAGUGCUACCCGACCAGAAAGUUUGCUGAAGGGCUUCUCAUCUCCUUCAUCCCUUCGUCUUUCUCUCUCUCUGUUUAUUCCCCCAUCAGAGGCCCUCCAUGGUCCUGCUCAUCAUAGCUCCUUCAGCACACACUCCUAUGAUGCAACUUACAUUUACAGACCUGAAUUUAAAGCCUCUGCAUAGCUACAUUUACUUUGAAAGAGAGCGAGUUUGUGCUGUGAGAGUAAUGGAAACAUUUCUAUUCAUCAGCCUUCACAUCAAACUCUUCUUGGCCAGCCUUGUGGUAAAUGUGGUGGACUCUGCAGUAUUUCUCAUGAUGAUGAGAUACAUUGUGGCUUUCUCUCUCGCCUCACCCCCCGAAACAGAAGUAACACAUCUAUUUUGUCACUGGAUAUCCUGCCUCUCUCAAAGCUAACCUUAUAGAGAAGGCAGUAUAAAGCAGUUCUGCAUUGUACUUUUUUUAAAAAGUCAACAUAAAACGGUAUUAGCAACCCAUUUUAUUUUUGUAAUCUGACAUAUUUCUGAGUGAAACAUGAUAUUUAUUCGGGAACUGAUUGGAUUGUAAAAAUAAUGGGUGUUAUAUACCAGAAUGGAGCCAGGUGGUUGAAGGGGAGGUGUUUAAAUAGUAAGAGGGAUUCAUGAUGUCAGCCAAAAAGGAAAGUUGUUUUAGAGGCAGAGCAAGUUACAAAGACAAACAUUUUUAAUGGGGACUUCAAUAAUGAUCAACGAUGACAUAUGCCCAUAAAGACCAGGAAUUUGCAAAUGGAAAGUAAAUUGGGUCUAUUUUUAUUUUAUGUUGAUUAAGUCAGAAUGUCUAAAGUCAAAAAUUUAAAGGAAUAUUCCGGGUUCAAUACAAGUUAAGCUCUUUGUGGCAUUAUAUUAAUUACCACAAAAAAAAGAAAAAAAAAAAAAAUUGACUCGUCCCUCCUUUUUUUUAAAAAAAGAAAAAACUCUGGGUUCCAGUGAGGCACUUAUAAUGGAAGUGAAUGGGGCCAAUCCAUAAACAUGAAAAUACUCACUGUUUCAAAAGUAUAGCCACAAGACAUAAACAAUAUGCGUGUUAACAUGAUUUUAGUGUGAUAAAAUCACUUACAAACCAUUUAUGUUUAAAGUUAUAGCCAGUUUUACAACUUUGUUGCUAUGACGAUGCUAUGUCAACAAACCCAAAAACGAAUGAAAAAUGACAAUUUAAACAAAUUUACAGCUAAUACAUGUCAUUUAACAGAAGAAUUACUGUAAGUGCUUUUAUAAAAUUAUAAUCUUCACAUUUCUGCCUUUAAACCCUCCAACAAUUGGCCCCAUUCACUUCCAUUGUAAGUGCCUCACUGUAACUUUGAUUUUUUCCUUUUUUUUAAGAAAAAUACAGAAGAGUCAAAAUUAUUUUUGUGGUAAUCAACAUUAUGCCACAAAUGCUGUCGAUUGAGCUGAACUUGUAUUGAAAUUGUAAUAUUCCUUUAAUUACUGAAAACUAACUUUGUACAUAUUUUAGACAUGGUUUAGGAUGUACAAUUGUAAAUAUGUUUUUUUUUUUUUUUUUUUUUAUUAUUAUCAUUAUUAUUUAUACCAGUAAUCUCUGUGAUGGUUGAAUUAUAUGUCCUACAUGUGAUGUCUAUUUAAAGUGUAAAUAUCCAAUAAAUGAAA